AUUGUAGCAGAGGGAGAGGCUGCGCGUUCACAGGCCCUCCCCCUUCUCCACGGAGGCGGGAACGCGCAGAGAAUCCUCACCAAACUCGACCGCGAAGAGAAAACAUCCUUCGGAUUUCUCAGCAUCACACUGGGAGAAAAAUGUUUCUUCCGCCGCCUCUCAUCAGCGUAUUGCGUGUCUGCCAAAAUCAUGUAACCGGAUUCACCGCUUUUGAGGACAGUACUUCAAUCGACCAGUGACUUUUAUUUAGAAAAAUAUUCCAACCACUCGCUUAAUCUGAAAAGAAAGAUACAAGAAUUGGAAAAACAAAGCUACCAGACAGGUGGAGAAAAUGGCACUGAUUUACCUGGGCUGUCUCGUCUUCUGGACUGCUGUAAUUGGCUUUGUGCAGGGCUGCCCAGAGCAAUGCAGCUGUUCGGAUAAAUACGCCCACCAGUUUGCUGACUGUGCUUACAAAGCACUGUUGGAGGUCCCCGUAGGGCUGCCCUCUAAUGUGACUACUUUGAGUCUUUCUGCCAACAAAAUCACCUCACUUAAGUCAAAAAGCUUUGUGAAUGUCACCCAGGUAACAUCACUAUGGCUGGCCCACAAUGCGAUUGUGGACAUAGAGAGCGAGACACUGGCCCCCCUGGUCCAACUUCGCAACCUGGACCUCAGCAACAAUAAGAUCGUCAACUUUCCCUGGGAGGACCUUUACAACCUCACCGCCCUGCAGCUGCUGAAAAUGAACAACAAUGAAAUGAUCAACCUGCCUAAGGAUGCCUUCUCCACCCUAAAAGACCUGAGGUCACUGCGCAUCAACAACAACAAGUUCACCACAAUUGUGCAGGGGACUUUUGAUGCCCUGAGUUCCAUGUCACACCUCCAGAUCUACAACAACCCCUUCACCUGCUCUUGCUCCCUGGAGUGGCUGAGGGAUUGGAUCGUGGCUUCUAAAAUCUCUGUCCCUGAGCAGAAAUCCAUUGUCUGUGAGGCCCCAGAGGCGCUGAAAGGCAUGUUAGUUGUGGCAAUGCCUAAGAUGGAAUGCACAGCUCCUACUGUCAGCAUAACCUACCAGCCCAACAUCGAGAACACUGAGCUCUAUGAGGGCUUCAUGUUAAUCUUAAACUGUGAAACCAAGGGGAACCCCAGGCCGGAUGUCAAGUGGGAAAUACGUGCAGGAAACCAGUACAUGGAAUUCAGUUUGCCUGGUGAUGUUAGGGAGAAAAAUGAUUUGCCUGUGGACACCAAAAAGGCCGGAAAUCGUUUCCUGGUGUUCCAAAAUGGCACUCUCAUCAUCCCGCGUAUGAGCAAAAAGGAAGACGGUAACUACAGCUGCUCAGCUGUAAAUGAAUUGGGCAAAGCGGAGGCCGCAGUAAAGGUAGCGGUAGCGGGCACUCGGAAACAUGCUGUCAACUCCAUGCUGGACACAACACCUGACAAGGCCCGUCCAAUGGCUGGACACCAGCCUGGGCCCAAGAACACCAAAAACAGUGUGAUCAGCUGGUCCAAACCUGAGGAGAAGAGCAAGAGCAUUCCAACUGGAUCGACUUACAUCACUGUGGACACCAAGCAGCCUGGACUGGACAGCAAGGACCCAAUAUUUUCCAGCAAAUGUGGCACAAAUGAUGGCACCCAAUACAUUUCCAACCAUGCCUUCAACAUGAGCCUGGAUCAACUCAAGCAGUACACCUUUGAUUUUGGGGUCAUUGCACUAGAAGUGUCAGAGACAGAAGCGAAAGUUCAGCUAAACCCUAUGAAACUGCCCAACGCCAAGGCCAAUCUUCACCUUAGCCCCCCACAAGAUGUUGAAACUAUGGUCAAAGAGGUUUUCAGCCUUUACCAGCCAUCAAGCAAGAACGUUCCCCUGGAUAUGUUGUAUUUGUGUGUUAAUACUGGCAAUGGACACUCAGUUGUUCAGUGGUCCAAGAUUGAGGAUGGGGUCAAUGCAUAUCGUUUCCAGGGUCUCCAGCCUGGUACCAAUUACACCCUCUGUCUAACGUAUGGAGGGAAUGACUGUCAGGUGCAAGUUGUUUUCACUACCAGGAAGAAGAUCCCCUCCCUUCUGAUCAUCGUUGUUGUGAGCAUAUUUUUGCUGGCUUUGGCCACCGUCCCCCUGCUGGGUGCUACUUGCUGCCACUUGAUGUACAAAUACCAAGGCAAGACCUACAAGCUGAUCAUGAAGGCGCAGAACCCAGAUCAGAUGGAAAAGCACAUGGCCGCCGAUUUCGAUCCUAGAGCGUCCUUUGUGGAGUCAGAGAAGAACUACGACCCUAGUGAGAUGGGCGAGGGAGAAGGCGAGGCUGAAGGUGAGGCAGGAGAAGAAGGAGAGGUAGAGGGCAGUGUGGUAACUGAAUCCAUUCCCGAUUCGCAAUCCAAAACGAAUCAAGAAGAAUUUGAAGUGGGUUCUGAGUACAGUGAUCGAUUGCCACUGGGGGCAGAGGCCGUGAACAUCUCCGAAGAAAUUAAUGGCAACUACAAACAGCCAGGCCGCUGAAACGUUUAUCACCUGGAUUCACUGUGUAAGAUAGUCACAUUCAAAUUGGUUAAGGACCAGGUAAUUUACCUCUUAUUAUUUCACAUGAAAGCAGAGCCCUGAUACAUGCGGUUCGCUUGUUUAACCUCCGCAAUGGCGUUAUAACAAUAAUGCUAAACAUUACGCGCAUAUAGACCAAGGAUUUUCUUUUUUUGUACAAGAACACAUCCAUUUACGUUUACUGCAAUAGAUUGGAGGACACAUUUUUGGAAACUCUGAUAGUCAUUCAAACGAGGUUGACUACUCAACCUAUGUCAUGUUUAUAUUAUUGACGAUUCAUCAAUUUUCAAAAGAAACUCCAAACCGAUAACGAGUGAUUAAUAAAAAUUCCCUUUAUUUCGAGUGUAGGCUAGCAUACCCUCAUUGUGGUUUUCACGCGCCCGUUUCAGCAUGCUACGAUGCUGGACAGUGGCAGAUACUGAUCCGUCCGUGAAUUGACUGUUCCCAUUUUUUAUAAAAUUUAAAGGGAGUCUUACUUUAUCUGUAAUCAAGUAUGUGUAAGCGCUGGAAAAUCCAGUUCACUGCCAAAAGACGGUGUUAAAUGUACAGUGGAGCUUCGGCAAUAUAUGACUCUAACCUCUGUAAUCAGGUGCUUAUCUUCUCGCUUUUCUCAAAGAUUCUAAAGUUGUACUUUCUCUUUUUAGAGAUACUUGUCCGUGGCAUGUCACACAUACGUAGGCUAUUUUCAUGUGUGUUUUAAUAGCGUAUAGGACGUUACGUAUUCUUAAUGUCAGUGUGUGAUGUAAGCCCGGUAAAUUGAAACGAUGUUUUCUUAUUUUCCAAGAAAAAGAACGGUCACCUGUUGGCCAAUAAAGUGAUUCAUCUGAACGUCUUUGAGUGUCCUGUAAAUCGACGCAUAGUGGAUUUUAAGUGGCUGUUCAACGAUGUUGUAAAGAUCCCUCAACCUUGUACCUCUUUUGAUAUGAUUUUAUGUACGUGGCGUUAAUAAAACAUUAAAACCCA